AUGUCAUCAACCUCAUCACAACAUUCAGGAAAAGUAGGUGUUGCUUCCAAAGACAGCGACCAACACCACCACGACCACGACAAAGUUUCAAGAGUUCAUAUUCAUGGCAAUGGAGGCGAAUUUGUCACCAUCAAUGGACACAAAUAUUACCGUCAUGAGUUGAUGUCAGCAUUCGGUGGUACUUUAAACCCAGGUGUGAGCCCAAAUCCCACAAUCAAUAUGAAUCCUGCUCCUGUUGGAUUGUGUGGUUUCGCUUUGACGACGUUUGUUUUGAGUUUGUACAAUGCGCAAGCCAUGGGUAUCAUGCUUCCAAAUGUCGUUGUGUCAUUGGCUUGCAUGUACGGAGGAACGGUUCAAUUCUUGGCUGGUCUUUUGGAGUUUGCCACUGGUAACACUUUUGGUUUCACUGCUUUGACUUCAUAUGGUGCCUUUUGGAUAAGUUAUGCCGCUAUAUUUAUUGAAGCUUUUGGAAUCGAAGAAGCUUAUGCCAACACUGAUCAAAUGGAAAAUGCCGUGGGUUUUUUUUUAAUUGGAUGGGCGAUUUUUACAUUGAUUUUGGUGUUGAAUACAGUCAAGUCAACAGUUGCAUUUUUCCUUUUGUUUUUCUUUUUAUUCGUUACGUAUUUAUUAUUAGCAGGUGGUGCAUUUUCCGGCCGUGUUGGAGUGACUCGUGCUGGAGGUGUCUUUGGAGUGAUUACUGCUAUUAUCGCUUGGUAUAAUGCUUUCGCUGGUACUGCCAAUAAGACAAACUCAUAUAUUGUUGCUCAUCCUAUUCAAUUACCAGUGUUCAAGAGAGAUUAA